UGGUCAUGUGUAUUUCGUUCACAGACCUAACAACGUUUUUUUCUCUCUCUCGGACUUUGGAACAUGUAACAUUUCUUAUAACUUUAAGAUUAGAGGAUGGAUGCCGCUGCUUUCUUUUGUGCCAAUUACUGCCACGGUUUCCCUUUACGAUGUGACUCCAUGAUACGUAGUGCGCUUCUGAUGAUAGCGCUUCUGACAGACGCUGAAGCUUUCCGGGUGAUUGGUGGAAAUGUGACGGUGGUUCAAGGAGGCACCGCUAUCUUACCGUGUUAUGUCACUGAUACCACUGAUGACCUGACACAGAUCACCUGGCAGAGGAAGACGACAGAAAAACCUCGCAAUGACAAUUUCCUCACUAUCUUACCCAGAGAUGGAGCACAAUUUGUCAAUGGACGUGAUGCUCGAUUUAAAUAUAUUGGGAAUUUUAAUGACAAAAAUGGAACUCUCCAGUUAUCCAAUGUUACCCUGAAGGAUGAAGGCAGCUACACGUGCAUCUUCACCUUGUUUCCCAGUGGAAAUCAGAAGACAGAGAUACCGCUAAACUUGCUUGUGCCUCCUUUCACAAACAUCAAGGACAACCUUCCCACUUUGGGCACAGAAGAGGUUUUAUUUGCUACCUGCACGGCUGCUGGAUCGAAGCCUCCUGCAGAGGUGAGGUGGCUCACUGGUGCUUUGGGAGACAACGUGAGAUCGACAACAAACUCCACACAUUAUGACAACAAUACAACUACCACAGUCAGCUCUCUGUUUGGUGUUCCUACGAGAGAGAUUAACGGUCACCAGGUCCAGUGUGUCAUCAGCGGUGACUCCCUGUCUAGAGAAGAAACCCUGCCCUUCACCAUACAGGUCUACUUCUCUCCCACAGAAGUGAACAUUAGAGCAAAAUCUGAGGACUCAUUUGAGUGUGUGACAGAAGCCAGCCAACAAGUGCAAAUUUUACAUGGAGCAGGUAAAGUAGCUUGA